AAAUUAGUAAUUUACUUACCUUUUAUUGGCAACAUAGUGCUUUCGAAUUGCGGCGAAAGCUAGCAGAUUGAUAAGUGGGAGUUACCUUUUAUUAAAAAUGUGGUAUAUUUGAUUUAUUUCCGGGAGAUAAGUCUGUUAUAUGAGGACUGGUAUAACAAAUCAAAAUGAUUGGAGGAUUAUUUAUUUACAACCACAAGGGAGAAGUGCUCGUUUCCAGAGUGUUCAGAGAUGACAUUGGAAGAAAUGCUGUUGAUGCAUUUCGGGUAAAUGUAAUCCAUGCUCGUCAACAAGUGCGCUGUCCUGUCACCAAUAUUGCUCGAACCAGCUUCUUCCACAUAAAGCGAAGUAAUAUUUGGCUGGCAGCUGUAACAAAGCAAAAUGUCAAUGCAGCUAUGGUGUUUGAAUUCCUGUUAAAGAUGGUGGAAGUAAUGCAGUCUUAUUUUGGAAAAAUAAGUGAAGAGAAUGUAAAAAAUAACUUCGUCUUAAUUUAUGAGCUUCUUGAUGAAAUACUUGAUUUCGGAUAUCCCCAGAAUACAGAUACAGGGAUCUUGAAAACCUUUAUCACUCAGCAAGGAGUAAAAUCUCAAACUAAGGAGGAACAAACCCAGAUCACUACUCAAGUCACUGGGCAAAUUGGAUGGCGAAGGGAAGGUAUCAAAUAUCGCAGAAAUGAAUUGUUCCUCGAUGUCUUGGAAUAUGUCAAUCUGCUAAUGUCUCCACAAGGUCAAGUGCUGAGUGCCCAUGUAGCAGGAAGAGUUGUCAUGAAAUCAUAUCUUUCAGGGAUGCCAGAGUGUAAGUUCGGUAUUAAUGAUAAAAUUACCAUGGAGAAUAAAGGCAAGAGUAGCUCUUUAGAUGAUCCAAGUCGCACUUCAGGAAAAACCUCAAUAGCAAUCGAUGAUUGUCAGUUCCACCAGUGUGUUAAAUUAAGUAAAUUUGAGAGUGAGCAUAGCAUUAGCUUCAUUCCACCUGAUGGUGAAUUUGAGUUGAUGCGUUAUAGAAUAACAAAAGAUAUUAGCUUUCCAUUUAGAAUUAUUCCUCUUGUUAGGGAAGUUGGUCGUACUAAGAUGGAAGUCAAAGUGGUCUUGAAAUCUAAUUUCAAGUCUUCCCUAAUUGGACAAAAAAUUGAGGUCCGCAUUCCAACUCCUCUAAAUACCAGUGGUGUUCAACUUAUUUGCAUGAAGGGCAAAGCUAAAUACAAGGCUAGUGAGAAUGCCAUUGUGUGGAAGAUAAAGCGCAUGGCGGGAAUGAAGGAAACACAACUGAGUGCAGAGAUAGAACUCUUGCAGACCGAUACUAAGAAGAAAUGGAAUCGUCCACCAAUUUCAAUGAAUUUCGAAGUACCUUUUGCACCAUCAGGUCUUAAAGUUCGGUACCUGAAAGUUUUUGAACCGAAACUCAAUUACAGUGACCAUGAUGUUAUAAAAUGGGUGCGAUACAUUGGCCGAAGUGGUCUUUAUGAAACCCGAUGCUGACACUUAAAUUUGAUAUUGCAUGCUUUCUGGAUGUCGGUUAGUUUGUGUGUUACCAUAUGAAAAAUAAUUAUUAAUGGUAAUGAGAAACUGUUAUAUAUAUAUAUAUGUGCUCUUGAGCAAAAUUUGAUCUAAAAGGUGUAUUGUAUUCCUUUGUUAUUAUUGAAAAAAUUCUCAUCUUGUUGAAUGUAAGCACAGUGUUUAGUGUUAGCUUCACUGUUAUUAGCAAUAAAUCGUAAAGUAUAAAUGUUUAUUUCUGUUUUUGCAGUAAUGGUAAGACUUAUAAUUUUGAAAAUAAUCGCAUAUAAUUCUUUUUCCAAUGAAAAGUUUGUUUUGUAUUGAAAAUUAUGCAAGUAAAAUCUUUAAUAUUAAACCAAUUUAAAAAUACAUUUUUCAGGCUGAAGUUUAGUAUAUCUAUAUCCAAUUUUAAAUUUUAUCUUGAAUAUCAGUUUAUAAAUGAAUAUAGUCGUUUUUUUUUAAAUAUAUAUAUUGAUAUUCAAAAUAAAAUACGCAUUUAUAUGGGAUAGUUUAAUAUGGAUGUUUAAAGGUGUUAUUAAAGUUGUGCCAUUACAGUAAUUAAUAUUGAAAAGGCAAGAUAGAAAGCAUGAAUUCUCUAUGGUGUGGACUUUUUUAAAUGGAUGAUCCCAAACAUUUAAUUGAAGUUAUGUUUCAAGUAUUUUAUUUGUCAAUGGAUUAUGAAGAAACAUUAAAGUUAAAAAUUGGAAAUCAAACUAUGGCAAAGAUAUUAUAUGUAUAAAUCUUUUAUUUACGGUGUUUUUCAAAUAAAUUAAGCUUAUUUCAGAUUUAAA